ACAUCCAAGCGAGGAGAGGAAAGUGAAACUUAACUUCUGACUAGAGAAUCAUGGAUGCAAGCUCUCUCUUAGGAAACCUGAGCAAGGAAGCUUCCUGCUCCAUCUGCCUGGAGUAUUUCAAAGAGCCGGUGUCUGUACAUUGUGGGCACAACUUUUGCCAGGCCUGCAUCACUCAGUGCUGGUGGGGGCAGGAGACUGGUGUGUCCUGCCCCCAGUGUGGGGAAAGCAGCCACCAGAAGAACUUCAGAGAGAACCAGCAUCUGGCGAGAAUCGUAGAAAUCGUCAAAUGCUUGAAUCUGGAAGCUGCCAAAGCACUGGAAGAGGGGAGAGUGUGUGAGAAGCAUUUGGAACGCCUCAAGGUCUUCUGCAAAGACGACAAGAUGCCCAUCUGCUUGGUGUGCACUAUUUCCAACGAGCAUCAACAUCACGCUGUCGUUCCGAUAGAAGAAGCUGUUCAGGAUUACAAGGUACAGUGGGACCUCGGGUUACAGACGCUUCAGGUUACAGACUCCGCUAACCCAGAAAUAGUACCUCGGGUUAAGAGCUUUACCUCAGGAUGAGAACAGAAAUCGUGUGCUGGCAGCGGGAGGCCCCAUUAGCUAAAGUGAUACCUCAGGUUAAGAAUAGUUUCAGGUUAAGAACGGACCUCCAGAACGAAUUAAGUUCUUAACCCGAGGUACCACUGUAGUUUAGGGGAAAGGGGCGUAGCUCAGGCGGGGUGGAGUAUCUGCAUUGCUUGCAGAACAUCCAUGGAUCAAUCCCUGGUAUCUCUAGGGGAGACAGGGAAUGUUUCCUGCUUUUGGGGAGCUGCUACGGGUUGGUUGGUGUAAACCAGCCUUUCUCUACCUUGUUGUUGGACUAAAACUCCCAUCAUCCCUGAUUACUGGUCCUGCUAGCUAGGGAUGAUGGGAGUUAUAGUCCAACAACAUAUGAAGGGCCUAAGGUUGAGGAACGCUCGUGUGAACAAUACAGUGGUACCUCGGGUUACAGACGCUUCAGGUUACAGACUCUGCUAACCCAGAAAUAGUACCUUGGGUUAAGAUCUUUGAUUCAGGAUGAGAACAGAAAUCGUGCUCUGGCGGCACGGCAGCAGCGGGAGGCCCCAUUAGCUAAAGUACCUCAGGUUAAGAACAGUUUCAGGUUAAUAACGGACCUCCAGAAUGAAUUAAAUUCUUAAUCAGAGGUACCAUUGUACAGAGGUAGAUGGGCUUGGUAUAAGGUAGCUUCUUACACGUGGUAUUCAACUCAGUUUUACUCAGGGUAGAUCCCUUGAAAUUAAUGAGCAUGACUAUGGUCACAUUCAUAAAAGGUAAAGUAACGGACCCCUGACAGUUAUGUCCAGUCGCGAACGACUCUGGGGUUGGGGCGCUCAUCUCGCUUUACUGGCCGAUGGAGCUGACAUUUGUCCGCAGACAGUUUUUCCGAGUCAUGUGGCCAGCAUGACUAAGCCGCUUCUGGCGAUAUCACAGCAGCGCACGGAAACACCAUUUACCUUCCUGCUGGAGCGGUACCUAUUUAUCUACUUGCACUGGUGUGCUUUCAAACUGCUAGGUUGGCAGGAGCAGGGACCGAGCAACGGGAGCUCACCCCGUUGCGGGGAUUCGAACCGCUGACCUUCCGAUCGGCAAGCCCUGGCUCAGUGGUUUAGACCACAGUGCCACCCGCACAUUCAUACCACACAUUUAAAGUGCUAUGACACCGCUUUAAGCAGUCACACCUUCCCCCGAAGAAUUCUAGGAGACAUAGUUUAUUGAGGGUACUGAGAAGUGUUAGGAGAACCCCCAUUUCCCUCACAGAGCUACAGUCCCCAGAGCACUCUGUGAAGGGGGACUGAUUCUUCAGCUGCUCCGGGAAGUGUAGUUCUGCAAGGGGAGCUCUCAGUGCCUUUAACAAACUACAGCUCCCAUAAUUCUUUCAGCGAAGCCUUGACUGUUUAAAGUGAUAACAGCAAUUUAAAUACAAGCCAUGAAUGUGGUCUUAGUUAUUUAAGUGAGUUGACUCUUGCCAUAUGUAGAACUGGCGGCAAGCACAUUAUCCCUUUUGCUGAUUAUUUCAAGUGAGAAUUAUGUGACUUAUACCCCACACAGGUUGCUCAGACUCUCAUAAGUUACCUCCCUGUUGUUGUUAAUUAAAUUUGUAUAGCGCCCUUCAUCCAUAGAUCUCAGGGCAGUUCACAACAUUAAAAACACAAAAUACAUAUUAAUAAUAAUAAUAAUAAUAAUAAAGCACUUUCCCCUUCCUAUCUUACUACAGUGGUACCUCGGGUUACAUACGCUUCAGGUUACAUACGCUUCAGGUUACAGACUCCGCUAACCCAGAAAUAGUGCUUCAGGUUAAGAACUUUGCUUCAGGAUGAGAACAGAAAUCAUGCUCCGGCGGCGUGGCAUCAGCAGGAGGCCCCAUUAGCUAAAGUGGUGCUUCAGGUUAAGAACUAUUUCAGGUUAAGAACGGACCUCCGGAACAAAUUAAGUACUUAACCUGAGGUACCACUGUAUAGGUAAGGUUCCCCACCCCAUCCCCAUGCCCCACAAGCCUGCUAAUAAUUUCUCUGUUGAAAAGGAACACUUUCAGAUGCAACUGAAGAUCUGGAAGCAAAAGACCGAGGAACUCCAGGCCCUGAAAUUAGCUGAAGCGAGAAGACGCUUGAAACGUCUGGUAAGUCAGCAGUUCUCAGACGUAACACCUGAUUGGAGUUUAAAACAUGUGGAGGGCUGCCAGGUGGAUGAAAACAGUCCAAAUUGCCCGUUUCCCCCCUAUAUCAGGCUUCUGUGCCUUUAACAGGUGCAUAACAAACAAAAUCUCAGCGAGUGGUGCUUUUCCACUGUGAAUGCUGAGUGAUGGGGGAAAGUCGGUUGUUCAGGUGUUAAUGCCACAACUCUAUACCGUGACAUUUUCUGUUGACCUUCCCUGCCUUCCUUUUGACCUGCUCUUUGCAGGAAAGGUUAGACUCCGAAGGGAAGAAGAUUGUGUCUGAAUUUGAGCAGCUAUAUCAGUUUCUAGAGGAUCAGGAAGAAUUCCUGCUGGCCAAGCUAGAACAGCUGCAGAAGGAAGUGAUAAUGGAGGAGAAGACCACCACAUCAGAGAUUUCCAACCUUCGUGACCUCGUCCGCGAUGUGGAAGAGAGAUGUAAGCAGCCUGUGAGUGAAUUCCUCCAGGUAAGGAGAGCAGGGAUCCUUCCUCUGGGGCCUUGGGGCUGCUAAAUCUAGACAAGCAUGGGGUAAUCUAGAUCUAGCAUGGGGUGAAUUGUCCUCCCACGUGUUUAUUUGGAGGAUGGCUCCUGCUUGUAUUCAGGACCUGACUCACUGCCAUGUACAGGGCUGGAAGAGGUCUGAUGAUCUAGAAUGGAGCAGUGAACCUGGCUUUUUUUUGGUCUUCACAUGUGGCUUAGUGUUCUCGCUUGAAUUUCCUGGAAGAAGCCAAUUCAAGGACUAGUCACACAACACUGGCAAAUCAGCGGUGUAGCAGCAAAACUGCCAGCACAUCUGCAAAGCUAAGCAGGGUCCGGUAUGGUUUCAAAUUGGAUGGGGAACCAAAUGUUGAGAUUUCCGACAUUGCAGGGAGUUGGAUUAGGUGACCCUAGGGGUUCCUUCCAAUUCUACAAUUCUAUGAUUCUAAGAGUUUCAAUUGAGGGACCGAAAGCAUGUUGCGGUUGCAGGAUCUCUCUCUGCAGAUUUGAUGUGUAGCAGCAGCAGCACCUUUGGGCUCUUCCUGUACAUUUGUAAGAAAAGCAAAUAUUACAAAAACACCAUAAGAGCAGGAAUAGGGGAUCUGUCCAGUGGGCCAGAUCAUUAUUUUCCCCACACCCCUGGAGGCUGCAUGAAAAGGGGGUGGGGCUGCCCACUUGUCAAUCACCUUGCAUCAGAGUGAUGUCAGAGUUUGGCCAGCUGAUGAACGUGCAAAAGAGAGAGAGAUGGUUAGGACCUGUUGUUAUUUCUUUUAUCUCUUUAUUGUUUGAACAGAAGAAAACCUCUUAUUUAUUUACUUUUCAAAAUAAAAAAAAGCCUUUGGGGGAAAUAGCAAAAGGAAGAUGGGAGGAAAAGGACUGACAGGGCAGAAGGAACGACUGCAGACAAAUGACCUUACAAGUAUUUAAAGUGUGUUUUCACCUGGGAAUAAAUAUUAAGACGUUUAAGCAGAGAAAAGAUACAAGCGUUGCCCCUCUGCUUCAGGCAAAGUAUCCUGAGAGACUCUGCAACGAGAGAAGUUAAGAGUAAAAACACUUAAAAUCAGAGAAUUGUAAAGCUGGAAGGGACCAUGCGGGUCAUAUUUGUUAGAAGUCCUGCUCCAUGUUUGCAGUCAUGGGAUUGUUGUCUAUCACAUGAUGGUGUAUGCUUUGACUCCACAGAGUGGGAAGUGACAGAGACAGGAUGUUUGUGUUACUGUGUUCCGUGAAGUGGGACUAUUGUCCUUUGUUCUUUUUCUCUUUGCUGUCUGAUGCUAGAGAGAGAGGGAACCGUGUUGCAGUGCUUCGUGUGUGUUUAUAUGUAAAUAAAGUAGAUUAGCCAAAAUGCUGAGUUGCUGAGGUCUGUCACGCAAGCUGCAAAGACUCUGCGGAUCCCUAAGUGUGCCGGUGUCGGUUGGCAUCGGUCGCUGUGAUGUUCGGGCUGAAGAAAGCUUUUGAAGCUCCCGAACAAUCAACCAGGAGGGAGGGAACAUGCCAGUCAGGCAUGUGUCUCUGCCAGGGUCCUACUCGAGUGUAGGAUGAGCUCCUGACAAUAUUGCCCAACCCCCUGCAAUGUAGGAAUAUGAAACUUUAACAAUGUGGAACAAUGAGCAAUGUAUGAUCUCACUUUGUGUUCUCUCUCCCAUCUCUAGGAUCUCCAAAACACCUUGAGCAGGUACGGUUCUCUCAUGCGUUCAGACCAGUACUAGAGACAGGCCUGAGGGUUGCGGGAUCUGUGCUGGGGUGCAAGUGUCUCAUUGAUGCUGCUUCCUUCUCCAAGGGUGUACCUUUUCUCUGGUUGGUGGGAUGUGACACAGUAGAUAGGAUGGAGGGAGGAGAGGAGCAAAGAGACACCUUACCGGAAGGAACGUCUCCACCCCCAUCGCUCAGCCCAGACACUGAGGUCCAGCUCUGAGGGCCCUCUGGCGGUUCCCUCACUGCGAGAAGCCAAGUUACAGGGAACCAGGCAGAGGGCCUUCUUGGUGGUGGCGCCCGCCCUGUGGAAUGCCCUCCCAUCAGAUGUCAAGGAAAUAAACAACUACCUGACUUUUAGAAGACAUCUGAAGGCAGCCCUGUUUAGGGAAGUUUUUAAUAUUUGAUGUUUUAUUCUGUUUUUAUUCUGUUGGGAGCCACCCAGAGUGGCUGGGGAAACCCAGCUGAGGAGAUACUGGGCAUGGGGAAGGGUGAGCCAAACAGAGAAUUUCCUUCACUCCCUUUCUCUGCUCUCCCCUUCAUCCACCAUGCUGGCUUUAUAAAUCGCCACUUGCUUAUUUAAAUUUAUGCCCAUCCACAACAUUCUCUAGGUGGCUGUAAUGGUUCUAGGGGUUGCUCGUGUGUAAGCUUGUCCCAACCUCUGGCUGGGUUGCCUGAGUGAACCUUUCCUGUCCGGGCAGCCACUCGCCCGUGACUGUCUCAGUCGCUGGCAGAAUCCGUCAGUGGGCGUUUCUUAAACUUCUUCCAGCAAAGAAGCUCUUUGACACCAAGUCUCCUCCUACUCUCCCUGCGCGGAAGCCUUCUGCGCAAGGAGGGCGUAGGCAGCGGAGGACCCUUCCUCUCCCCGCUGGUCCACGGCAAGGGGUCAUGGGACCACCUCGCCGAUUCCCCCAUCUGCCCCCCUUCUCCAUUGGAGCUACGUUGAUGCUCUUCCCCAGAAGACGGGCUGCCUCUCCCACUCCCGGGACGCUCUCUGGGAUCCCUUUGGAGCUUGCUCUCUCCCUCGGACACUGAUGGCAGUUCCCUGACAGUGGCUUAUCACAUAACUUUCAUUAUGAACACACUACCUGUCAAACCGCUAUGGGUGGCCUUGAUCCACUUUACACACAAUCAGUGGUUCGGGGGGGGGGAGGAUACGCUUAUUCUGAAAAUCACUAACUCCCAAGCUGGAGGCAGAGGCAAAGAACAUGGGUUUGAGAAUUCCCAAGCCCUUGGUUAAGGAGAGCCUUUUCCCCUUCCAGAUGCGAGGAUCAGAAGACCCAGAAACCAGUGGGUUGCUCUCAAGAUCUGGAGAAGAGGCUGGAUGCAUUUUCCGAGAAAAGGAUGCAUCUGGAAGAGAUCUUAAAGAAAUUCAAAGGUGCCAAGGUGGGGGUGGGAGGGAAGGGAGGAAUUAUUAUUACUAGAAAUAGUAAAAUAGUAAUUUUUAACUUUCGCUUGUCACUAUAUAUAUACAUAUAUAUAUACAUAUAUAUACACAUAUAUAUAGGUAAAGGGACCCCUGACCAUUAGGUCCAGUCGUGGCUGACUCUGAGGUUGCGGCGCUCAUCUCACUUUAUUGGCCGAGGGAGCCGGCGUACAGCUUCCGGGCCUCGUGGCCAGCAUGACUAAGCCGCUUCUGGCAAAGCAGAGCAGCGCGCGGAAAUGCCGUUUACCUUCCCUCCUGAGCGGUACCUAUUUAUCUACUUGCACUUUGACGUGCUUUCAAAUUGCUAGGUUGGAGCAGGGACCGAGCAACGGGAGCUCGCCCCGUCGCGGGGAUUCGAACUGCCAACCAUCUGAUCGACAAACCCUAGGCUCUGUGGUUUAACCCACAGCGCCACCCACGUUCCAUAUAUAUGUGUGUGUGUGUGUGUGUGUGUGUGUAUAGUCUCAAAGCAACUUAAUGACAAGAUAAGUUGUGCUCCCGGAUUAUUGCAGAGGGCGAUUUAAAGGACUGUGACUGGUUCACCUGCCCUGGGUGCCAAGCCAAGAGGGUGUUGCAGGAGGCGCCACAACAAGGAAGCAGGGAGGGAGGGGAUUUUGGUGCCGCACAGGGUGCGCUGAAAUUUGAAAGCCCAAAGUGCGCCACUGACUUUGGGUUCCCAGCUGGUGAUCAGUAGUGGCCAGCAUGGUGGAGCAAUGCCAUAGUACCACCCUUUUGACAGCAGUAUUGCUGCUUCAUACCUGGACAGUGCAGUGAUGAGUCAGGGGAGUGGAGAGGUUGGAGAUAUGUGGGCACGCUGGCAGAGUAUUUGUCCAUCCCAUACUUCUCUAUGUGUUUGCCCAUUACAGUGGUACCUCUAGAUGCGAAUUGGAUCCGUUCCGGAGCCCCGUUUGCAUCUAGAAGCAACUGUAACUAGCGACGGCACGUCUGCACACGUGCGCGUCGCUUUUCACCGCUUCUGCACAUGCGCAUGGCAUCAUUUUGAGCGUCUGCUCAUGCGCAAGCGGCGAAACCUGGAAGUAACGCGCUACAUUACUUCCGGGUUGCCGCGGAGCGCAGAGCACAACUCAAAUGCGCUCAUCCUGAAGCAUAUUCAACCUGAGGUAUGACUGUACUUUCCUAACUGCAAAAAGUCUUUUCUUUUUAAAAAAAAAGUGAAUUUGGAGCACCAGGGCAACAGAUCCACAUGUAUUUUGUGUUUUUCAUGUUAUAAUUUAAUGUGAAGAGCCCUGAGGUCUACGGGGUAUACGACAGCAUGCAAAUUUAAUAAAUAAUAAUAAAUAAAUAAAUUAUUUUGUAAAGCUAAAUUUUCAGGUAUGUUCUUGAAUCCCUCCUGCAAAAUAUGGACAACCUGCAGUCAUUAAACAACUCUUGCUGAUCUACUUCAAAAUACGCUGAGCUCUACCAGUGCCCUGUCUACCUGCUGCCCACCCCUGCUCUAGAUCAUGUUUCUCUUCGGCAGACACACCAGAGCUCCUCAUUAUAUAAAUUGAAGGGGGAAGAGUUCCUUGAAUGUAUAAUUCUGAAAACCACUGGCCCAAGCGCAUCAGCUUUGUGGAAUCUAAUCUCCAUUUUUCUCCUGUCUUCCUUUAGCCGCUGUGUCAGUUGAACUGGAGAGUAUAUCUUUGUCAAAAGAGGAACUAGGAGUCCGGAAAGGCAGGACAAGAUUAUUUGAGUUGCCUUAUGCUGAAGUGAAGAAAAGAGGCACAAGAGGUCAGUAGUUUUUGUGCUCAGUAGCGGUUGCACACUUUCUGGAUAUGUUGAGCAGUAGGGACAGGGGAGAUUUUUAAUUCAGUUACCAGGAAAAGGCAAAUCUACUUAAUUAGCACUUUCUGGAAUUCUUCUUCUUUGGCGAUCGCUCCUAGCCGAGUAAGAUUGUCUUCCAUAAACACGGUUUUAACAAUGAGUCUGUAAGUGACUGUGGAGGCCAAUUCUGGAUCCACACGUCCUUCCACAGUGGGGACAUUGGUUUCCGGGUGGGAGUUGAUCACGGCAUGGAUUUGCCAAGUGUGCCUUCCUCUAAGCACGUUCCUACCUUUUGUCCUGAGUUCCAGUGUCUUCAAAGCCCAUGACACCUUUGGUAAAGGCUGCUCUCCAACUGGAGUGCUCUCAGGCCAGUGUUUCCCAGUUGUUGGUGUUUAUACUACAUUUUUAAAGAUUUGCCUUGAGACAGUCUUUAAACCUCUUUUGUUGACCACCAGCAUGACGCUUUCCAUUUUAAAGUUUGGAAUAGAGUAGUUGCUUUGGAAGAUGAUAAUCAGGCAUCUGCACAACAAGACCAGUUCAACGAAGUUGAUGUUGAAGAAUCACUGGUGAUCUUUGCUUCUUCCAGUACACUGGGAUUAGUUUGUCUGUCUUCUCAAGUGAUGUGUACAUUUUUUCAGAUAAAUCAAAACAGCCACCCUUUGAAACUCGUUCUUCUUUUAAUUUUGCAGUGCGGUUCUCCAUAGCAGCAAAUAAUGUGUCACAAAAAUACGUAUAUCAAGGGAAAGCAUGCAUCAAAAUACAGUAUUAGAGAAAAUAACAUACACAGAUGUAUUGUAAUAGGGAACCAGUUCUGUCUGUAACAUGUUGUUGUUGUUUAGUCGUUUAGUCGUGUCCAACUCUUCAUGAGCCCAUGGACCAGAGCACACCAGGCACUUCUGUCUUCCACUGCCUCCCACAGUUUGGUCAAACUCAUGCUGGUAGCUUCGAGAACACUGUCCAACCAUCUCGUCCUCGGUCGUCCCCUUCUCCUUGUGCCCUCCAUCUUUCCCAACAUCAGGGUCUUUUCCAGGGAGUCUUCUCUUCUCCUGAGGUGGCCAAAGUAUUGGAGCCUCAGCUUCACGAUCUUUUCCUUCCAGUGAGCACUCAGGGCUGAUUUCCUUAAGAAUGGAUAGGUUGUCUGUAACAUACACUCUCUCUUUUUCCUCCUUCCCUUCCAAGUGAACGUGACGCUGGAUGGAGACACCGCAAACCCCUUCCUUGUCCUCUCGGCGGAUCAGAAGAGUGUGAGACUCGGAGAUGCAUGGCAGGAUGUCGCUGACAACCCCGAGAGAUUUGAUCCUUACCCCUGUGUGCUGGGCUGCGAGGGACUCACGUCGGGGAGGCAUUAUUGGGAAGUUGAAGUGGCCAGUGGGAAGCACUGGGCCGUGGGCUUUGCAAAAGAAUCUGUUAAAAGGAAAGGGCAGAUCACCCCUAGCCCCGAGGAGCAGAUAUGGGCUCUACAACAAAGUGGGGAUCUCCUUGAAGCUCUGACCUAUCCUCCGACUAUCUUACCGUCGGGCAACUGUCCCAGGAGAGUCUGGGUAUUUCUGGACUAUGAAGAGGAACGAGUGGCGUUCUUUGAUGCCGAUACAUCAGUGUUAAUCUACGUUUUCUCACCAGCGAUGUUCAGUCAGGAGAGAAUCUUUCCUUGGCUCUGGGUCUGGCCUGGAACCGAGCUGAGGAUUUAGCAGCGAGUUUUGAUGUUAGUGUAUUGGCUAACUGCAGCGAGGCUGAGUAACACACACACAAAAAUAUCACUUAUCUAGGUUUGGGUAGCUAUCUUCUCUACGGCAUAGGAAGAGUGGCUUUACAGGCCAUGUCCCACUUGCGAGGCAAGGAUCCUGUUGUGAAACAAAUCCCAAAUUUCCUUCAGUAAAAACCCACAUUUUGUGCCAAUAAAAAACAAAACACUAGCAAAUUGUAUUGUGCGUAUCAGUUCUAAAUUACACAAACUUUGUGCUGAUUUCAGCUCUUUUAAACACAGCC